ACACACACUACUUUUGCAGAGUACAUACGUGACAGCAUUUUUGUCGAAAUCUAUUGAGGUAUCCAACCGCAAGCCUGGCAUCAGUCUCACUGUCUGCUGCAGACCCAGUAACCACCCAGAGCAAUAAUGAAGAAAAGUGUUAUGCAAUUGUAUGUUUUAUUACUUAUUCUGCAACUUCAUGGAGAGACUGAUGGUCAAGAUCUGAGUCAGGCGUUCAACGACAGGGAGAAGCUCCAGCUCCCCAGUGGCUACAGGGCUGACUGGAUGAAGAGCCUGGACAGUAACCUGCUCCUUUCCCAGAUCACCCUCCCUGGGACACAUGACACCAUGGCUCUCUACGGGGGCCCAGCUGCAGAGUGCCAGGCAUGGAGCCUGGAAGACCAGCUGAGGGCUGGGAUACGCUACCUGGACCUCCGUGUAUUCGAGUUUGAAAACACACUGCACCUCAUGCAUGGUGUCAUUUAUGAGCACUCGGCUUUCACCACAGUUGUUGAAACACUCAAGAAGUUUUUAUCUGAGUUUCCGAGUGAGACUGUUCUUGUCCGAGUGAAGCCAGAUAUGUUUGAUAAGAGUAAAGUUCAGGGGAUGGUUCAAAAGAUCAUAGAGAAUGAUAACAAUGUGUGGGUAGAAUCUACCAUACCACACAUAGGUGAAGUAAGAGGCAAGUUUGUCUUUGUGCAGAAAGAUGACUUCAAGCUUGGUAUUCCUCUGCUGGAAACUGACACCAAGGAUGACUAUAAGGUUGUUCAUAUUGCGAAAAAAGAGGAAGAAACAGGUCAGCAUCUCAGCCAAGCUGCAAAAGAGUGUGGGGGUAAUUCUGUAGUGUUGACCUACUCCAGCGGCACAGGUAUUGGCACGUUCAAGGGCAUGUUUUUAACCCCUAAAAAGGUAGCAGAAAAAAUCGACCCUUGGUUGUACGAACAUCUACAAAUGAUGCUUUCUAACAAAUCUCCAUGCUGUUUGGGCAUUAUAGCUAUGGACUUCCCAGGAUUUGACCUCAUCCAGACAAUCAUAAAGUUUAAUAAUGUAUAGACAGUUUGGUUAGGUCUGCACUGUUUUGCUUGGAAUGUUCAUCAGCUGCAUACUUUUUGAUCUAGAUUUUUUUUUCAAAUGGAUACAAUUAUGCUUUUGAAUAACAAAAGUCUAUGCAUUACAUACAUUUGAAAGCUGAGUAUGUUCAACCCCUUUUCUGAGUAUGUCUGUUGCCCUGGGGCCUGAGGCUUACCGGAGCGUGGAAUUCUUCUCACCCGGGCGCUACAGUUAAUUAUUUCAGAUGGAAACCAAUGCAAAUGCAGUUGCAAUGUAAUAAACUGUUUUUCUCUCUUGAAUAAAAUUUCUCUACUAUACCGCUA